AUGAGUACCUGUAAAAAGGCCAUGGUGGAAUCUACAUCUGUUGUGAGUUCAGACAGACUGAGCAGUUUGCCUCCAGAGAUAAAGGGCGACAUCCUCUCCCGUUUGAAUGUCGAAGAAGCGGUUAGGACUAGCACCUUGUCAAGUACUUGGAGGGAUGCAUGGACUAAUAUGCCAAAAAUAUUUCUGCGUGAUGGAAAUUUUGCAAAACCCAAGUUCGUCACAUUAGUCGAUAUGGUGCUAUCACUCUACAACGGAACUGUAGAGAAGUUCGAGAUUUCAGGUAGCAAAACUUACCAUGACGAGUUCGGCAGGUGGAUGCUCAUGCUUUCUAGGAGAUCACCAAGAUCAGUUAGAAUCGAGUUGAACUCUGGGCCAGGGUAUAGGAUUCCCUCAUGUCUAUUUUCUAUCGGCGAUUUGAAGCUUCUCUACCUGCAAAACUGUAUCAUCAGGUUGCCCCGGGUAUUCCAAGGUUUCAAGAGAUUAACUCACCUCAACCUGAUAAAAUUCUCCUCCACAGACUUGGACAUCCAAAAUCUAGUCUCGUUUUGCCCCGUACUGAAUUAUUUGAAACUGUCUUAUUUUGAGGGCAUCAACCAUCUAAACGUUCAAGCUCCUAAACUGAAACAUAUUUAUGUUGUCGGGGACUUUAAAGACAUUAAUUUUGAUGCCCCCAAUUUGGAGGGGGCCGUUCUCUUUCCUUAUCACAAAGGUAAAGCAUAUCAUUUGGAUCCAAUUGCGCUUCACAAGGAAAGCUAUGUCAAGCAGUUAUUGGGAAGCCUAAGUGACAUCAAAAGCCUUGCAAUUAGCGGCUUUUUACUGAUGUAUCUAUCAAAAGGUUUAAUACUUACGAACCUCCCUGCCGUGUUUACUCGCCUAGAGAGUAUUUAUCUUGCAAUAUGCUUUGGGGACGAGCGGCAACUCUUGGCCGCUUGUUCAUUGUUUCAGAAUGCCCCUAACUUAAAGAAGCUUGACAUAUGGAGGCCCUCUUCGAGCUCAUGGGUUCAGGAUCAGGUUCAAGAUCAGGCGAGCAUUCCAGAGCUUACCAUGCAAGUGCAAUUGGAUCAUCUUGUAACAGCCAGUGUGAAAGGUUUCAGGGGUCUGGACUGCGAAGUCGAUUUUGUGGCAAAGCUACUGAGCUGGGCACCAGCUCUGGAAGAAGUGAAGAUAGAAUGGAAGGGUAAAACAGAGUGCAGCAUGGUUCUUGCCAAGCUAUUAGCUCUGCCGAGGGUUUCUCCCAGGGCCAAGGUCAUUGUUACAUUUUGAUAAGAAUGCAUCCCUACAGUCUAGAGAGCAUCCCCCAUCAUUUUGCCGGUUUAAUUUGCAGCCAAGCAGGACUAUUUCAGCUUUCUUUAUGCCAAGACUAGAUGGUGGUUAUAUAUGUGUGCAUUGACGCAAAUCAUCAGGCAGAGGGAGUACUUAUUGUGCUAUUAGUAAGUGUUAUCCUUUGUUCAGCCGGGGACACAAGCCGCUGUUGCCCUUCCUCAACCGUGUCAGUUCGGCUCGUCCCGUCUUGUCCUGUUGUUCCGCGUGUCGUAAAUU